CGUGGAAGCCUCGGUGGCUGAGUGGGUUAGAUCGCUGACUUUGUGUACUGGCGAUUAGCUGCCUCACUCUAGCAGUGUGGGUUCCAAUCCCGGAUGGGACUCAACCCCCAAAGUACUAGUUAUAGUUCAGUUGAAAAUCAUUUGAACUUUUUGUCGCAUAUUUCACGGGGAACUAUUACCCGAGACACCGCCUCAGUUACACGAUAAUCAACAAGCGGAUGUGUAUGGACUAUCUACGCAGUCCAUCGACUGUCCCUGUUGUAUCCCUGCUGCUUGUACACUAUGUAGCAGAGAGCCAUGGUGGCGCCGCGUGUGACAGCCCCUAUAUAAACAACGGGAGGCCAGUUGAUAUACCAGAAGAGACGUAUGCCAAGUACUGCUGCAAGGCGGAAAAAUACAGCUCAGGCUGGACCUCAACCUCCCGGUUCGACUGUGCCGCGGAAGGAGGAUGCUGCGGGGACGCCGAUAAGCAGUACUGCUGUGGUCUUGACAAAUUUGCUCUUCAGCUCGGACUAGGCUUGACAGCGGGUGCCUUGGUGUUACUGGCUAUUAUCGCUGUCAUCUUGUACUGCUGUGUGAAGUGUGUCCUCAGUAUCAAUGGACAGGAGAUCUACUGCUACAAGUGUUGCAGAUGCAAAGUUAGAGACAAGGGUUUCAACGAAUAUUGGAUCAAUCUCAACAGAAGCAGGGCCUUGGCAGGAGCCACUUCACAAGAUGCGUACAUGGUCCCGCCACGAUCCAGUAUACCCUCCAUCCAUGAACUGGACACCGAGCCAGGGCUUAUCACACCAAUGGCCCCAACAGCGCCCCCUACAUAUGUUCCAGAUGUUGCCCUAGAUGCCCCACCGCCGGCCUACUCGGACGUUAUAAGAAAUCCGCACAUAUUCCCGCGGACCGAUGCUGUCGACGCCACGACGUCUGUAUGAAUGGUCAGAUAUUCUUUCACAGACAAACACGACGUAAUUGCGGUCAAGUGCCUCCCGAACAUUGCUUCCGCUUGUCAUGCCGAAGACCCAGGUUCGAUUCCCCACAUGGGUACUAUGUGUGAAGCCCAUUUCUGGUGUCCCCCGCCGUGAUAUUCCCGGAAUGAUGCUACAAGCGGCGUUAAAACCAUACUCACUGACUCACAUAUAUCCCACAUGGUGUGUUUCCUCCGAAACUGAGAUGCAGGAAUCUUGUUAAUGAUACUAAAUGUGACACCAAGAUCAUUUAUGGCUCACAAAUGUAUUCAAUAACACAAGCAUGUCCCGUUAUAAAAGAAUUCAUACGAAAUGAAAUUAACGUAUCGUGUGGUUUGGAAGUACGCUUUCCUGUAUCCGGAGUAUCGACCUGAUUUCAACUCUGUGUGAAAGUCAUCACGCAAUAAACAUCCUAAGUUCGAAUAGA